AUGUCGACGGAAAAUAAGAGUGUGUUAUUAAACAAUAGAACAGCAAUAUGUUCGACGUUGGGAAAUAAUAGCUCCAGUUAUCACGAUUUUCAUAGUAACGAAGAGACAACAACUUUGGAUCCUGCCAUUUUACAGGGCAUUUGUAAACUCACUUUGUGUACCGUCGACGACAACAGUAAGGAUCCAUUGUAUGUGAUUUGUGAACGGUUUUUCGGUGAUCUCGUGAAGGAGAUUGAGAGAGAUCGACUAUACUCUCAAACCAUUCCAACGGCGAGUAAAGUGUUGCUGUCAAUUUUGACAUCUCUCAUGAUAUGCUUAUCUCUGUGUGGAAAUUCACUUGUAGUGAUGACAUUUGCUUUUAACAAGUACAUGCGAUCUGUGACAAACGUAUUCAUAUUAUCACUGGCUAUAAGUGAUUUAAUGGUGACAUUUACAUGUAUUCCUAUGAAUAUGGGCUUUAUUCUAAAGCCGACGCACUGGUUAUUUGGUCGUUUUGGUUGUAAAUUAAUGCCGUGUAUAACCCAAUUGUCGGUAGCUUGUAGUUCACUGACACUAUGUUGUAUAGCUUUUGACAGAUAUUACGCAAUAGUUCAUCCUUUGAAACUAAAGUUUUUGCAGACGACAAAACGUGCUACCAUUUUACAAGUGGUUGUCUGGUGUGUGUCUGCGGCUUCGACAAUUCCGUAUGCCUUCUUCUAUGACACUCUUCAGGUAUCAGCCUGCAAAGAAAUAGACGAAGAAGACAAAAUAGUUUGUGUUCAGCAGCAUCACCAAAUAACGAAAAAGGUGUUCGAUAUAUGGGUGUCCAUGUUUGUCCUGUUUUAUGGGCCCUUCCUGUUUAUGUCCAUAUUGUAUGGCAUUAUUUGUUACAAACUGUGGGCUCAAAGACCUGUUGGUGCAAUGUCACAGAGAACUUACGAUGUGAGACUCAAAUUAAAGCGCAAAGCAAUUAAAAUGCUGAUUACCGUAGUCUUCAUCUUUAUUAUAUGUUGGAGCCCGCUGUUACUAUUUAAUGUUAUUGCAAAUGCAAACCACGUGCCCACAAAUGUUAAUAGUCUUAACUGGCGUUCAUUUCUACAAUGUUUAGCUUUAAGCAGCACAUGCUGGAACCCACUCGUAUAUGCAUUUAUGAAUGAAAAGUUCAGAAAAGCUUUCCGAACACUUUUGACCUGCAGAAAAGCUCAGAUUCAACCAGUUCUUGAACACAGAAUGUCGACAGAAAGUCGCAAGACAACCACGCAGUUGGAAAUGCCUGUAUUACCCGUAGGAAGCAGACAGACGUCCGAAACGAAGGCCUGA